CCGCAAGAACCAGAGGCCUCUUGGCCGCCUCGAUCGCCCCACGAAGCCCUCAUGAGCACCCCUAAAGGUCGCCAGCGCUACCGAGAAAUGAUGAAUCAGACCUCGCCCUCGCCUUCUCCAUCCAAAAGCGGCAGGGCUCUGGCCUCGGUCAUGGCGCGGUCCGGGGCGCUCCAGGAACAGAUGGAUGACGACGACGACGAUGACGAGGAGACGCUCCAGCUGAAGCUGCAAGAGAUUCAGGCUCGCCUCAAGUUGAAGAGGCUGCAAAAGGCCAAGGAGUCUGCCGCCCAGGGCAGAGCCACAAGGCAUUCCCGCUCAAACUCCGCUGCGUCAAUAAUGCAACCCCAACGCGCAAUUCGCGCAACAACACCAAUGUCGGACAAUACCAAGCCCUCAUCGCAGAGCAUGGUGCAAGUGCCUGCAUCCCCGGUCAGAAAAGUACAGCCUCCGUCGGAUCCCAAAUCACCGAGUAGAGUCUUGUUAGGGAUUGACAAGGGCUUGCGGGCAAAGGAUAUAUCGCUGAAACGUGCCCCGAGCUUUCGGAAAUCAGCGAGUGGCGAUGGAGCGGCGGCCCAGAGAGGCUAUCUUCAGAGAUCCAAGGCCACCAGCCCAUCAGGAACGAGGUCACCCGAGGGAUUCCGGCCGCUCAGUUUUAAUGAGCGGCUGGCGGCGGCGAGGUUGGAGGAGGAAUCUCGCGCUGAGAGGCAAGAGAGGAUAUCAAAAUUGAGAUCCAGUGCAUUUGACAUUGGCAAGGAGGAAAUGGAAGAGUACAAGAAGAACGCCGUCGACAUCCCUGACGAGCCUUUGCAGGCCCCAUCUUUUAGCAGAGACGAGGCAUUUCCCACAUUUACAUCGUCGUUUCCACCGUCAAUUCGCGAACGCCAAAACAGCGUGGCCACGAGUGACGUUUCCACCGAGGAACAGGGCGCCUUUGAGCCUUACUCUAGCAUGCAUCUGUCCAAACGGAUACUACCUCAUCGAGUGGUUGCUAGGCAUGUAUCUGGCAAGAAGGUCUUCAACGUCAAGGAUCUUUUGCGAGAAGUCAAAGCUCCAGACUUUGCCCUGCCAGAGGUUGAGGAAGACAUUGUCGUCUUUGCGAUUGUGGCCAAGAAGUCGGAGCCUCGAGCACACAAGCCUGCCGCGGGAAAGAAUGGGCAGAAGGCGGAGGACCGUGGCAAGUACAUGGUACUGACUCUGGUUGAUUUGGAAUACGAACUAGAUCUAUUUCUAUUCAACUCUGGGUUUACCAGGUACUGGAAGCUUACCGAAGGCACUGUUGUUGCCAUCCUCAACCCCAACGUGAUGCCGCCGCCACCCGGAAGACAAGACACGGGACGCUUCAGCUUGGUCAUAAACUCCGACGAAGAUACAAUCCUUGAAAUUGGAUCGGCCCGCGACUUGGGUUUCUGCCAGUCAAUCAAGAAGGAUGGAGACAUGUGUAGGUCUUGGGUGAAUAAGAAGCGGACUCAAUACUGCGAGUUCCACUCUAACGAAGCCAUUCGAAAACAACGAGGAACCCGCAUGGAAGUCAAUUCUAGCGGAUUCGGCGGUGGUAUUCGUUUCAAGGGGAAAAACUCGGCAGAGGGAUUUGUGCCGGACAAGAAGAAGCCCAACAACUAUGACUGGGAAACAAAAACGCACUGGUAUGUGGCAAAAGGACAUACAGCCGCAGAUCUGAUUGACGGCAAAGACCGAGAUCCUUCGGAUCGAAAGGACAAGGCUGACUUUCUACGACGAACCAUGGAAGCCAAAGAAAAGGAGCGCGAGAUGAUGAAGAAGCUUGGCCAAGUCGGUAAUGCCGCUGGGAAAGAGUACAUGCAACGUUCAGGAUCCCGAAUCGACGCAGGCGGUCCAACCCCCCCUAGCAGCAUGAGCUCGAGCCAACAAAUAUUCAACACAGCCGAUCCCUUUGCUGAGUCUGCAAGGCCAGACCCGGUCACUCUCGGCCUCCUGGACAGGGCCCGAGACAUUCACCUCAGUCCAGUAAAGAGGAAACGGACCGGGAGCGCUCAGCCUGGAUCCCUUACGCGGAGCAACAGCGUCAAUAGCAGUAGCACGACUUACAGCAGGCCGUCUGGCCUUGGAUGGGGCGGCGCGUUAAAGGACAAGCUGUCGAGCAUGAAGGAUGGAGAGAAGCUCAAGCCAGAACAGCCACCACUCAGGAAGAAGACACGGUUCGUGACGGAAAAGGGCAUCCGGGAGGCUGGUCGAGAGAGCUUUGGCAACCUGGCCGAGAAGAAUCUAGCCGACCGGCAAGUUCUUCUUCAAGACGACGACGACGAUGACGAGCUGGUCAUUGUG